AUGGCAGCCAAAAAUGAGCAGGAGAACAUCCAGUCACCGCGUUCGUCGGCAACGAACGCCUCAGGAACAAGCCCUACACCUGCUAUGACUAAAGGAAGCGGCUCACCUUCACCACAACCUUCCUCACAGAAUGCGGCUAUCAACAGACGGUCGCGCAAAAAUUCAGUGCAGAUGGCUUGCGAACGUUGUCGAAGGCGCAAAAUCAAAUGCUCGGGGCUCCCAGGCCCCUGCUCCACUUGCAGGAGCCUUGGGACGGUAUGCCACGAUCCUGUCAAAAGAAGGGAUCGAGCACAGAGUCUGUUAGAAAACCGCAUCCAGAGAUUAGAAUCUUUUGCCGCUCAUGGCCGGACAUCGUCACAUUCAGAGGGCAUGGCGUCAUUGACAUAUCGACCCUCCCCGAAUGCACAGCCGUCGCCCAGUGGCCAGCAUGAGACACGCUAUGGACUGCAUAUAGAGACGGAGAAUUUGACGAGCUAUAUGGAUUCUGACGCAACGGCAACGAACCACAACUCACCUGUCAUUAACCCUAGCUGGGACUAUUUUGCAGGAUCACUUAGUCCACUCAGCCCAGCAUGCUACUCAGACAUUGGCCCAGACCUCGCCCCAUGGUUGACAAUCGACUAUCAGCAACACGGUUCGGAUGGUGGAUCGACUCCGAAUCCGGCUAUGCACAAACGAUCUCAUACAUUUCCAACCGUUACGCAUGAUGAAUAUGACUGGAAUCAGGACAGUAGAGCUCCUGAAUCUGCUGGUGCUUUCUCGGACAUCCCCUCUAUUGAGGUCACAUCUCCCGAUUGCUCCCGUCCCCAAAGCCCUUUCAACUUCUCCGAGCAGGACCUUUCUCCUCAAGGGAUUUCAAUUCCGUACGCCGCCCAGGCCUCAGAUCACAACGAAGAUGAUUACCUGGAAGGGAAUUUCGAGCUACCGCGAACGCCACCGCUCUUUGCGACGAACACGAGGUUCAAUGACGGUCAGAUUGACUACUAUGGCGAUUACUUGUCUCCAGUAGACAAACCUCCCACGAUAUCGCGCCGUUCGUCCAUGGCUUCUUCAUGCUCGAGCAACUUACAAGUGGAAUCAUUCCCGAGCCUUGGAGCUCGUUUGCACCGAAGCCAAACGCUCCCUAGCAAUUCCAACCCACGGGUUCAAGCAGAUCAAGAAAGGUUGAACACGACCGUCAGCUCACCUCGAACACGUAACUAUCUGCAGGUCUAUUUUCAGAAAGUUCAUCCUCAUUCUCCAAUUCUGAACCCUGCAAUGAUAUCAUCCAGCAAAGCCUCACAGAACUCCUUAACAACAUAUCAAAUCCUCCUGGCGGCUGCGGUUGGGGCCUUGAUUCACCACCAAUCAAGAGCAUUAUCAUCCCCAUACGUCCGGCUCGCCAUGUCUCUCAAUUCAGAGAUCGACUUCUGGAGCUCAAUCUCAGGAGUUCACUGUGCUAUCUUACUCGCAAUCUAUUGCAUGUAUGAGGAGACUCUAUCAUUCAAAGAUGAAAUGGACCACGAGGACCCACAACAUUUCCCCCUGGCUCAACCGCUCCAUCCGCGCGUGAAUCUAUGGUUGCAUACCUGUCAAAUUUGCGUGACAUGCAUUGACCUGGGUUUCAAUCUGGGGUACCUCUCGGGCUCUGAUAUCAUAGCGCCGCCUAGAGGGAAAGAGCACGAACUGGUAUUCUUCCCAGAGACAGCCUCGGAGAUCGAGAUGGAAGCAAUCUUCAGAAACACCUUCAGAGUCGCAUAUGUACUUGAUAAACGAGUAUCCACACUGAAGCAGAGACCGAGAUCGAUGCGGGAUGAAAGUCUACACCCCGACCUGAUCCGUCUGUACAUGCUCGAAUCCGUUAAUCUGUAA